AUUACGGAAGUGGAAGUUGUGAAAGUUGACCAGAAGCGAAGUGUCAAGUCGUCCACAGGUUCAGUUCUUGAGGACGCGCGAACAGAACGACUGGGAUGUCUUUGUCAUUCGAAGGAAGAGUUGUGCUCGUCACCGGUGCCGGAGGAGGUCUUGGGAAGGAAUAUGCACUGGCCUUUGCUGAAAGAGGAGCUUCUGUUGUAGUGAAUGACCUUGGGGCAGACACUAAAGGGGGCGGAAAGAGUUCUGCGGCUGCCGAUAAGGUUGUGGACCAGAUAAGAGCCAAGGGAGGCAAGGCAGUAGCCAACUACGACUCUGUGGAAGAGGGAGAGAAGCUCGUUCAAGCAGCAUUAGAUGCGUUUGGAAGAAUAGAUAUUGUCGUAAACAAUGCGGGGAUUCUUCGUGACCGUUCAUUCGUCAGGACAAGUGAUUUGGAUUGGGACCUCAUUCAAAGAGUUCACCUGCGAGGAUCCUUUUUGGUGACCCGUGCAGCCUGGAAUCACAUGAAGAACCAAAAAUUUGGCAGAAUCAUCAUGACUGCUUCAGCUGCGGGCAUCUACGGCAACUUUGGCCAAGCCAACUACAGCGCCGCCAAGCUGGGCCUGCUGGGUCUUUCCAACACGCUGGCCAUUGAGGGACGCAAGUACAACAUCCACUGCAACACCAUCGCUCCCGUUGCCGGCUCGCGCCUCACCGAGACAGUCAUGCCACCAGAUCUUGUGGCUGCGCUGAAGCCGGAGUACGUGGCCCCUAUGGUGCUGUGGCUCUGUCAUGAACAAUGCCAAGAAAACGGAGGACUUUUUGAGGUUGGUGCAGGCUGGAUUGGCAAAUUGCGUUGGGAGCGAACUCAGGGCUGCAUCACUAGACAGAAGAACCAGCCUUCGACUCCUGAGGCUGUCAGGGACCAGUGGGACAAAGUUUGCGAUUUUACAGACUCAACCAAGCCUACUUCAAUACAAGAAUCUCUUCAGUCCAUUGUGAGUGUACUGUCCAAGGUGGAAUCAGGGGAGGGCAUUACCGCAAGUGCAACCUCUGCUGCUGUGGCAUCCCCCACCUCUGGUACUGACCCUACUGCAGCAGUGGGACAAAAACUUCCUCCGACAACAUUCAGCUUCUCGCACACGCAGUGCAUCCUCUACGCGCUCGGUGUGGGCAUGUCCACCAAAGACCCCGACCAUCUCAGGUUCCUGUAUGAAGGACAUCCAGACUUUGGCUGCCUUCCCACCUUCGGGGUCAUUCCUUCCCAGGCGGCCAUGAUGGAAGGUGGCCUGAGCUCGUUGCCUGGACUCAACAUCGAUUUCACGCAGGUGCUACAUGGCGAGCAGUAUCUUGAGCUCUACAAACCUCUUCCCACGUCCGGACAACUGACCUCUGAGGCCACUGUCGCAGACAUUUUGGACAAAGGCUCCGGGGCCGUCAUCCUCCUUGAUGUGAAGACGUAUAACGGCGACGAGCUGCUGUGUUUCAACCAGUUUUCUGUGUUUGUGGUCGGCGCCGGAGGCUUCGGAGGAAAAAGAACAUCGGAGAAAGCGAAACCUCUCCUGCCUCCGCCUCAGCGAGCUCCAGACGCAGUGCUGGUUGAUUCCACCACUAACGACCAGGCAGCCUUGUACCGUCUGAGUGGCGACUGGAACCCCCUCCACAUUGACCCCAGUUUUGCUGCCAUGGGAGGUUUCCAGUCACCCAUCUUGCACGGCUUGUGCUCAUUCGGCUUUGCGGCAAGACAUGUGCUCAAGCAGUUCGCUGGCAACGACCCAUCUAGAUUCAAAGCUAUCAAGGUCCGCUUUGUAAAACCAGUGAUGCCGGGUCAGUCUCUGCAGACGGAGAUGUGGAAGGAAGGCAGCAGAGUUCACAUUCAGUGCAAAGUAAAGGAGACCGGAGCUGUGGUGCUUUCGGGCGCUUACGUUGAUUUACACGAAACAGCGGAGACGUCUCCCAGUAACCCCCAGGCGGAGGGAAACCUUCAGAGUGAGCUGGUUUUCGCAGAGAUCGGCCGCCGCAUCAGAGAUGCGGGCGGCGAACUGGUCAAGAAGGUCAAUGCCAUCUUUGGCUGGGAAAUCACCAAGGACGGCAAGAAUGCCGCCGAGUGGACUAUCGAUUUGAAAAAUGGGAGCGGUGCUCUCCAUCGUGGCGCCUACGACGGGAAGACUGACGUGACUUUUACCGUGUCGGAUGAAGACUUCAUGGAGGUGGUGCGAGGCAAACUCAACCCUCAGAAGGCUUUCUUCUCAGGCAAGCUCAAAAUUCGAGGGAAUGUUAUGCUGGGUCAGAAACUGGAGGUCAUCCUGAAGGAUCAUGCAAAGCUGUGAGUCAGCCCACCUACUAAACGGGAAGGGUUUUGAUUAUCUAGCUAGAAGACAGCCUGAGGGAGCGUUUUUACUAAUCCCCCAUGAAAUUUGAAAUACAAAAACUUAAUGGAACUGUUAUAAAAUGCUUAUAUUGUAAAAUCUGGCCCUUUAAGGACUUUUUCAUAAGGUUACCCCAUUCUUGACAUAGUGGUUGCUUGGUGAAAGGGACAGACAUCUUUAUCAUGAGCAUUGCUGCGGUAAGAAUCUUUUAAUAUAUCGAAUAAAGCAUUUUCUGAAAAAAAAAAAAUGUCGAUGAAAGCCAGUAUUUUCCGGAAGUGGGCAUUGUAAGUGGUGGCAGAUAUCAAGGCUGGUACUAUUUUAGCCAAUCAAAUGCAAGUGUUCGACAUUACCCGCCCAUCCUCGUGACACUAUGUUAUAUUUAUACAGGUGGUCCCUAGGCGACGUAACCCGAAUUUACCCCUUUAAAAAAAUAACUGGCCAAAAAGUCCAAAAAUAUUCUAUUUUGUGCAAUUGUGUAGCUGGAUUGUCGCCUUGGCUUCUAUGACUGAGUAGGAGACUCGUCUAACAUGGAUAUCCUCGCAGUUGGCGUGAUGUCACGAUGGCGUCAUCUCGCAUGGCAACGUGUCGCCAUUUUGAGAAGGGGGCACGCACAGACAAAUGUCUGAAAUUCAUAUAUUUCAGCUGUGUUUUGCGCCCCCCCAUAAAAACGUCUUAAAAAUGACUUAUCACGAGUCACUGCCGACAGACGCGAAGAGGCGAUACAAUUUAAGAUUAGCGUGUAGUGGCUUGCAAAUCUGCCCAUACAAAGUCGCAGCUGAUAGCUGGAUAAACAAUCCAAAGGAAUGGCCUGCAGUGGAGUUCGGAAAUAUCUACAACUACCUCAUAAAGUCGCCCAGUAAGUUGAACUUUAUCAAUUCUUGGCAUUUUUUGUUUUUAAACAAAUGAAAAUAAAUGGAUGAUUAUUUCUGCCGUAACCAGUAAUUCGCCUCCAAGCGUUAUUUAGCCGUGAAGCGUGGUCGUAGAACUAAAUGGGGUGUCACGAGGCAAGAAUGCAGUGCAUGAGUCACGUCACGGCAAAAUCACCACUUCCCACCAGGCCAAUAAUAUACCGAUUGACCAAUCAGAGCAGUUCACGGCAAAAGAAAAAUAACGCUUUGCGAGUUGUCGGUUACGGUAAUAAUACCCACUGCCUAGUCUAUUGAAUCCUAGCAGCUAAUUGGGGCAAAAAAAAUCGAUUAAAGUUUGCUCACUCGUAAUAAAAUGUUGGCUGCAAAUGUAAAUGUGCCUGGAUUUAGGUUCCGACUGGCGAGAAUGGUCCACAGAACUGUCUUCUCUUACUGUUCUUUGAUUGAUUGCUUUCAGCCAUUUGCUUGUCCUUUUCUUCUCACGAGUUGUGUUACAACCCGCAACAGGGCAACUUUUAGUCAUUCCAAAGGAAAAAAGACCGCAAAUAAGACAAAAGUUCAACGCGUUUGUACUACAAUGCACGACAGAGCAACUGCUGACUCGUGUUUUGCCCCCCCUCUUCAAUAUGGCGACACCAUUAAUGCACAGAUGUCCGACUGCGAAAAUAGGACAGCUACCCUCUCAUUUGGCCCACCUAAGUUUUUUCAGCUAAUAUGUUCGUGUAUGCGUUUCUAAUUAAGUUUAGAGCUACAGUUUGUGGAGUUAUGUGCGAGCGAUUUGCAAUGAAAAUUGUAAAUACAUUAGCCUAAUUUGCCUAGCAAAAGUUCGCAAUCUACUAAAUUUACAUUUUGAUCAGGCGAGAUGGCGGUUUGAACACCAACUUUUUUGGGUCAGGUGUUUUAUCGUUAAAAUGUGUCGUUUUAAACCUAAGUGUUCUACAGCUUUACAAAUUGUCAAAGUGAAGGAAGGGAAAAAGCUUCAAAAACCACAAUUGCCUUGUUUGCUGUCUGUCAAGCGAAACAACUUCACGUAUAGUGAGGACAGAACACAUCAAGUUAAUAAAGUUAUAAAUAAGGUACUCUUCACGCAGCUUAAAAAAAAAACACUGGCAACAAUGGCAAACAAGAUUCCAGCUUCAUAAAGUUGAGUUAGUCAUAACCCGGGGACUACUUGUAUAUCAUUAUGUAAAUGUUGGCGCAAUUUACGGAGAAAUUAUAGUAUAGAGUGCGUGCCCACUUCAUACCCGUUUUGCCUGAUCAUUCAAACGGUUAUUUAUAUUAGGUGUUGUCUGUCCCUUUAAGACUGGGGUGUUAGAAUCUGAAUCAGUUACUCACUUUGAAUGGAUCCAUAGCUAUUGCCUGACCUUAAUUAAAAUGACAUGUUUUUUCUUUUCUGUAACAACAUUAAUCUUUGAAAAAAAAUGAUUUGGGGAAGUUUUCCUGGAAGCAAAUCACGGACCUGUAUAGAAAUGUUUCAAUAAAAUAUGAAUGAGGAAAGAAAACUUGCUUUGAUAAAAUUUAUUUCAAUCUCCAGCUUGUGUAGAAGCAACCGCUUGGCUUCGGAUAAAACUUAUUUAACUCCCUAAUGUGCGGGGAGUUCACAUUCCACCCCCUUUCCCAGAUGCUUUGUCAAGGUUUUGGGGAAAAAAAAAAUAAAGCAAAAAAUACACGUUUCCCAAAUAGAGAUGGAUUUAUACACAAUUGUCCAACAAGAUGGCGUACCCACGCUUCUAUGUGAAGAAACUGAGAAUUUGUUUGAAAUUUACAGAGUCCAAUUUAAACUGUUUUCAUUUCACAAUACAAAUUGUUGCAAAGAUGGGUUUUUUUUGUAACAUUGAGAGUAAAGUUUAAAUGUGUUUAGAAGUGGCAGUUUUAUGUAAAUAAGUUUUAUAUAUUUUUUUUUAAAUCUCAUUGAUACCAGUAAAUAUUGCAGUUUUAUGUCGGGGAAAUUGUAAUAGUAUAGUAGCGCUAGUAAUAACUCAUUUUAAGGUUAAAAUGCCGAUCAACGAUUGUAUUUGUAAUAAGACAUUUGUGUCCUGAAACAUUAUUGCCAAAUUACAAGUAGAAGGAGACAAUUAUGUAAUUAAUAUUAAGUUUUCAUUUUUUCCCCCACCACAUACAAACACAUGUCCAUUAAAUGCAAUAUUUAAACUUCACCCUCAUACAAAAGAACAUCUUGUAAUAUUGCAGCUUUAUUUUCACAAAACCUAAGACUAUUCCAUCCAGCAACACCACGCCAUUGUUCUCAAGUGUAAACUCAUAAUUCGAUAGCUUUUGGUUUUUUCAGUGUGGCACCAUCAUGCCUUGUACCUUCAAAACACCAUGUUGUCAUCCUCUGGGAAGUUAAAAGUAGCACACAUUUUGUCCCUUGAGCAACAUAAAAUGUCUCAAUCCUUCACAUGUGUAGAUGAAUGACGGCAGAAAUAAAAGACCGAAUGGUGAGAAAACCACAAUCCCCCAAAAAAAUCAAUUUUAAUUCACUGAAAUAUCAGAAAGUGUGGUGUUAUCGGAAUAAAACAUCUGUACAAAUAAACGGUUAAAAGUUGCUCACACACCCAUUUUAAAUUAAAGCUACGGUUUGUGCAACUUUGUACAAAGACCACUACAGCUAGUCAGUAGUCAAAUAUUAAGGACACUUCAUACAAUUGGCGAGGAAUAUAUAUAUAUAUAUAUAUAUAUAUAUCGGUCUCUAUAUAAUGUGCUGUACAUCGCAUGUUACUUAUGUUCUUCAGAACUGCUUUAAUAACAUCUGACACGACUCACAAAAAGAUAUUGGGCUUUAGUGUGAAAGUUCAGAGUGAAACGAAAAUAAAGGUGUUGCCAAAGAGUCGGUGACUGAAUGGCAUCAGUGUGUAAAUUUGCAGGGAAAACACACCUCUUUUCAUUUUGAGAUGUAACUUCAUGGUCAUGUGCAAAUCGAUGUGACAGUCUAACUAGCUGCUCACCGAGCGGGAAAAGUUGCAAGGUUUUUCGCGGGCUCGGCGAGUCAACCGGUCUUAACUCUAACCUCCCUGAAGCUACUCUAGGCACAGAUCUCACCUUGUUCCCGACAUACAACUGCCGCAAAUUACACGAGCUGUGUUUGAUUCGCCUCGAAUGUGCUUUUAAAAGCCCCGCAUUCUGUCGGAAAUGUACGACUGGAUCCGGUGUGCUUUUUUUAUGGUCAGUUUACAAUCGAUCUGCGGUAACCAGGAGGAGAUUCAGGAGCUCUUACCUCCCGUCGGCGCUAUUCGCCGAAAUGGCAGACAGAAAUAUAGUAUCUUCUCAGUCUUAUUCUACGAGAUGAACUUGACGUCGUUCUUG